AUGGAUACUAUUUCUGAGGACACUCCUUCUUAAUCUUAUAUAAAGGAUGCAUCCAUGCAAGAGAAAACAGAUAAUCCUUAAAACAUGGAAAAGUUAGAGGCUUGUUAUUUAAAGCGGAAAGUAAAAGCAAUUUAGAAUAUUUGCGAAAAAUACUCAAUUUUUUUAUACUUUUUAUUGGGAAUAGAUUUAAACAAACACUAAAUUGACAUACUUCAAUAGAUGUGGGGUAAUUUUAGUAUGGAAACCUAAGAAACUUAACUUCCCGAUGCGAUAAUAAAGUGAAAUAAUUAUUAUAUAUAUAGAUUUCCAAAUCCUGAUUAUGGAUAAUCAAGUUCUCAUUCAAUUUCAGUAACUGAGGGGUUUGAAUUAGUAAAGACUUUGGUGAAAUUUAAUAAAGGUAGUAUGGAGGAGAAAAUAUUAUUAAAGGCAUGUGAAGGUGUAUUAUAAAUUUUGGAUGAUUCAAAGGAAAGUUCAAAGCAUAGUCGUAGGAAAUUAUUUAGAUAGAAGGUGAGAAGAGAGAAUUAAUUUAUUCAAUUUGAAAAUACAGAGGAGUCAAAACGAUUAGAAACUAGUGCAACAAUUAAUGAGAUGGAUGAGAAAGAAAAGUUAAAGGAUUAGCUUGUUUUAAAACUCAGUAAUAAGUUGACUGGAAGUUGGUAGUUUGAUUCCGAUCAGAAUUAAAUAAAUGAAGCUUUCGAAAUAGAUUACAAAUUGUUGAAAUACUUACCAAACAAAAAAGUAAAUAAAGGUGGUUAUCUUGUUAAGUAUGAAAAUGAAUGGCAUAGAACAAAAAGAGAUACAAAAGAUUUUUCAACUUUGGUGAGAAACUUGAUCUGCUUGAUUCUAUGCAGACAAGGGUACUUUACUCAAUAAUUUUUAUCGAAAAAUGGAAAGUAUAUAUUUUGUUCUUUGUUUGCAACAGAAGAAAGCUUGAAAAUUUAAGCAGAAUCCUAGGGACUUUUUAAACUUUUAAACAUAUAGUUUAUAGAUCUAUUCUCUUUCGAGCCUCUUGAUAAGAGUUAUAGACCCCUCAGACUAAAUAACAGAUUGUGGAAGCCUCAGAAUUAUAAAAAUCUCUCUUCUAUGUUUUUGUACUUUAGACCAAUUCUAGUUGAGUUGAUUUAAGAGAUAGAUUUCAAAAGAAUAGCUAGAGAAGUUAAUUAAAGUGGAAUUAAUUAGAAACUAUUUAAUUAUGGAUUUGAUAUGUAUGAUGAUUAGGAUUGUCCUUCUGAUCAAGAAUGGGCAGCCUACUAUUUCUUUUUGACUCAUUUACAUUAGUAAAUUAUUGCUACAAGAUCGAGCUUUAAAAUAAGUAAUGAUAUUGCAGCCUUAAUCAAUAAAUAGAUAACUCCAUUAGAAUUAUACUUAAGAAGAUUGCAAUCAGAAAAUUGUGUGAAAACAAAAACAUAAUAAUAAAGUAAUACUUACUAUUAAGAUCUUGAAGAAAUUAAGAAUAAUAAUAUUGAUUAACUUAAAAAGGAGGCCAGUAGUGUUGUAGAAGAAUAUAGGAAUAUUUUUAAUUUAACUACUGCUCCUUAUACAAAACUAAUAAAGGUGUUAAAAAAGGAGUAAUUAGCUAAGAAAUAUUUGGAAAUAUUCAAGGAAUCUCUUAAAGUAGCAAAUAACGAAAAAAAAUAUCUAAAAUGCCUAUGGGAUUUAGUUUAUUUAGAUCAGCCUUUAAAUAUGAAGACUAAGUACUCUAAUCCUUAACCAGACAGAUCAUUGCAUCAUAAACAUUGUCAGUUGAUGUGUUGGAAAAAGUACUAAUUGAACUAAGGAGAGAAGGUAACAAUAUUUUAAUCUUCAGAAAGAUUGAGAUUAGCUUACCUAAAUAUUUAUUAAAACUUUAACAUUUCUUUACUUACUCAAAAAGGUCUAAUCAAAUAACUAUUUUGCUUGCAUGAUAACUUUGAACUUUAUGGCAUUUACUAUUCAUCCUAUGAGAAUUUAUCUCGAAAUAGAGAAUAAUUUUAUUAAGAAAAAUUAUUUGAUAUUGCAACCCAAUUGAAAUUCCAUUUACUAAAUCCAAUGAAAAUGAAAUUCGAUUUGUUAUGCUAAUAUUUUGGAGAGUCUGUAGGAACAUACUUUUAUUUUCUUUGUUUUUUCUCUUAAAUGUUGCUGUAUCAAAAUUGCUUAGGCCUACUCUACUACUUGAUUUAAAUACCAUCCAAUUUGCAAUCGUAUUUAAGUGUCUUAGAAAUUAUUUACCUCGUUUGCUAAUUAUAAAUAACAUCACUUUACACUUCCAAAUGGGAAUAAUAAUUAAAAAUAUUCAAUUAAUCUUUUGGCAUCAAUAGUCAAGAGGAUAUAGAUACUACUUCAAACAAAUAAAUUGGAGAACCUAAAAGAUCCCUCAUAAAUGAUUAAAUGAAUGUACCUUCAAUCAAUGAAUUAGAUUAAAUAUUUAGGGAAUGUGUUUCCAUGUUAAUUUUUAUAUUGCUUCAAUUACUAUACUCAAUCAUAUUCAUAGCUCUUUAUUUCUUAUGUACAUGGUUUCAGUCUCUAUUCAAAUAGACCACUGCUAUUGAUAAUUCUGAAAUUAUAAUUAUUGCUAUCUUACAUCUAGGUCUAAAUAAGCUAUACACAUUUCAUGCCUAAAAAACCAUUUAAUAGCUAGUUGAUUUUGAACAGCAACGAACGAUUUAGGCUGUAAAAUUGAGUUACAAUUUAAAACUCUAUUCUUUUUCGAUAAUCUAAUAAUUGGGGCCUCUUUUGAUUUUAAGAUUCUUUAAUCACUCAUUUUAGUUGGUCUGCUAAUCUGAUUCUUGUGAAUAGUACAUUGGAUAUUACUUUCUUACUUAUAUAAUAAUAAAGAGCGUUGAAAAAUUGUGUGUUUUUCUAUUUAAUUUUUAUUCCUUAAGAAGAUAACCUUUGUUUAUUUAUAAAUUCCAAUAGCAUGAUAUCAACGAGUACAUUGAAGUUUAAUCUAAGAAGCCCUCUAAUAUAAAAGAUCAAUACUUUAAUUGUAUAGAAGAGAACUUAUAGUAAAAUAUGGUGGAACUGACUAUUUUAACAUAUUUCGCAUACAUCUAUCCAAUCACGUACUUUAUGCAAUGGCUCUUGUUUGUAGUUUAGAUUUAUGCAGAUAAGGCACAAUAUCUCUAUUAUUAUCAAAGACCUUGGCCAUAAAUAGAUUGCUUUGUUAAAGUUUGGAAUAACAUUCUUUAAUAUAUAAUAUUCUCUAGUGUAAUAAUAACAAGUUAUGGAUUAUCGAAUUCUCUUGUUUUUUAGGACAAAAGCUAAAUAUUUGUAUUCGUUUCAUUUAUGCUCCUCAGUUACACCAUGAAUUUUGUAUACUAAGUAUGGUAUUCAGAAACGCCUUCCUAUUUAUAGAAAUUAAAUUUACGAUAAAAAUACCUAGUAAAGUCGACACUUGAGAAAUUCAAAAAGAAGAAUAAAACUAUUAAUUUUGUGGAUAAUUAAAACCUGAAAAGAAUGCCAAUCUAUAAAUUUUAUGGUUCCAAACUCUAAGAACAAACAGAAGAAUUUGAAACGAUGAGUUCUGAUAGUGAUUUAGAUAAAUACUAUAUAAGAUAGGAUGAUAUGGAAGAGCCAAUUCUCAUUGAUGAAGACAAUACGGUCUCAAAGCCGAAGUUGAAAGUAAGAGAGAGAAAAACUCCUAUCUUUGUAAGAUCUUCUAGUUUUUACGAAAAAUUUAUGAUUCCAAAAAAGAAGAAAGCUAAAAAUGAAGAGAAUAUUUAAAGAGUGUUUCAUAAAGUUAACCUAUUGCUUACUUAUCACAAAUCAUGGACUGAUCUAAGAAUAAUUUAAAGGAAUUACUAUAUCCCAAGAAAAAAAUAGUUUAUAAAGAACUUUGACAUCCUAAGAUAUAAUAUUAUAUAAAGAAGUUUACAGACAUAAAAAACUCAAGCAAAGUUGUUUAUUUAAAAGUUUUAUAGAAAAAAAAUUACAAAAUUAAAAGAUUCUAAAGAAGAACAUGAUAUUCUAGAGUUGGAAGGAAUCUAUGAGAAGAUGAGAAAAUAUUACAAUAAACACAAAUGGUUAAAUGCAUAGAAAUUUAUAUUCAUAAAAAUUAAGAAAGCUGUAUGGUUCAAUCGAUUCAGAAAGACUACUAUUAGGUUGAAUUCAAAAAUUUUAGUUAAUGUCUUUUAAAAAAGAUUAUUGGCCAAGUAAUUUCCAGGGGAAGAAACAAACUUUUAACAUUUUGAAAAAAAUAAUAAAGGUUUUGAAUUCAAGGAGGUUUCUUUACUAAAUAUUAUCAAUUUUAGUCAAUAAUAUUCUUAAAAGUAAUAAUUUUGAGUAUUUUAGUAAUGUUAAAAUGAUUCCAUUAUCAGCAGGAUACACUAAUCUAAAGUAUUAUUCUGCAUCCUAUAAAAAGUCAAGUACUUUUAAAGAUGUAAUAGAAAAGGUUAGAGAUACUUAUGUAUUUGACACUCAAAAAUUAAUAUUGUAAUCUGUAAUGAUGGAAUAUUUCGAGGAGGAAAUGUUUGCUAUGCCUGAAAUCAACUUUGUAAAACAAUUAAAUGACACAAUGUGGCUAGCUAAUAUAAAUGAAAAGAAAUAACCGUAGUUAAUAUAAUUUCUAUAAUUGAAACAUGGAUAAAAACUAAAGUACUUGCAGUCGAUCAAUAAUGAUAGAGGUAUUAGUUAUAUUUAGGGUGAGUGUUAUACUAGAUUAUCUAAUCACAUUGAUAAGAUUGAUGAUUUCUAUGUCAAAGGAUAUUGCGUAAUCGUCUAUGAGUAAUCUCCAAUUACUACAUUAGAGAAUGUAAUUAAAUAUAGAAAAAAAUAUCAUAUACAUUACAGUUAAGAUGAAAUAUUGUCAUUCUUUUACGAUAGCUUACUCUUACUACUUAGAGAAUAACAUGGUGAUAUUUCAACUAAAAAUUAUCUGUUAGACAACCGGGGUUAUUAUUUAGGAAGUGCAGUUAAACCAGAAGCAGAUAACGAUUUAUUUUGUUUAGCCAAAGUGCUUAUCUCUAUGAUUACCUUGACAUCAUCUAAGAAUUCAUUAAAUUCAUUAGGUGAUAUGGAGAAGCAUGAUCUCUAUGAUGUAAUAGUUAAAAUGCUCAAUGGGAGUAGCAAUAUAAGUGAACUUUUAUCAUUUGUAAAGUAUUAAGAGAAGUUCGAAGAGAGUUUCAUUGUAGAGAGAUAAGAAAUAAUUGAAAAUCAACAGUGUGAUUUCUCUGAAUACUUACAGUUGACUCUGCAUAGAGGGAACUUCUCAUUGAGGAUGAAGUAGUAUGAAAAAGGAUUACUUUACAUACACUAAUUUGAAUAGGUAUUGCAUAGACAAAUCUAUAAAUGUGGAAAUAAUGCUUUAGAAGCCUUUCAAGGAUAUGUGAAUAACAAUUUCAUGAAAUAUACUAUUGAUCAUCAUGACAUGGAAGAAAUAAUUUAAGUCACUAUGGUUUUUUAUAUUAAAUUUUGUAUUUAAAUGCAAGUUAGGGUUAGACGUUAUAAUCAUUCUACAUACAACAUCAACAAUAAUUAGGAAAAUGUUAAACAUGGAAAUCUAUUGAAUUAGUAAUUUGAUUUAAUUUAGAAUUGUUUAGGAGACCUAAUUAAGAAUCUAGAUCUGGUUCUAAUUUAAUUGUAAAUUAAUAUCAACUUAGAAUAGAUAACAAAAUAAGAAGCUCAAGCAUUAUUUGGAAUCACUAAGAAUUAGGCUGGAAAUGUAAUCAAAUUAAAACAUCUUGAAAGAAUUCAACUUAUUAAUCAAUUAAGAUUAAAUAAAAAACUUAUUGAAAACUUAUUUCAAUUUCGUAAAACUAUUCGUAGGUUUUAAAAUUAAUUUAAUGCACUCAUUUGUUUAGCACAUUAUUUUAAAAUGGAAAUGCCAAUUGCAGCUAAAAAAAUAGAUGAUUGCAUUGAAAUUUAGAUGGAAUUAAUUAGAUCUAAAAAUUAAUUGGAAUUAACCAAGGAAUUAAAAGACUUAAGUCCUGAUCUUUAUAAUUAUAAUUAAAUGUCUCCUAAAGAAAAUAAAAUAGACGCCUUCACAUUUCAAAUCAAUUUUUCUAUGAGUUAGUUUUGUCAAGAUGAUCCAACUUAUUUUCAUCAACUACUUUAUUACUAUUUUCUAUAAAUAGAGAUAUGGCAUGACUCUGAAAAUGAUAUUUAUGAAAGAAAAGCGAAAAGUUUCUUAUUAAUGGGAAUUGAGAAUUCACCUACCUUUGAGUAUUUUUGCAGUUACCUUAAAAGCAUUACAUUCGAUGAAAUACCUAUAUAAUAUAUUCGAAAUGAAUAAGAAUGUGAAAUCGGUAAAUUCGAGUGUGUAAAACUAUAAAAAUGGAUAGAAUAAACAUAUUCCUAUUAAUCAGAAUACAUAUUGUCUACUGACUUUUAGUAUAUGUGGAAAUAAGUCAUGACUUAUAGUAAUCUUAAUUAAAAUAUACAUAAUAAAUAGAUAUUGCAUGAAGAAUUAAAAAUUAGCCCAAAAGACUUAAAAGUUUAGCUUUAUCUAAUAAGAAUUAUUUAAUAGAUUUUGCAUUUGGAUUGUUAUUUUCCAUUGAAUUAUAGGAUCUCUCAAUUAAGGUAUUAGGUAGACCAAACAGAUAGAGAUAUAUAUAGUAAUUCAUAUAUAGCAUAAUUGCAAAGUCUUCAUCAUUCACUUACAAUUCCUUUUGAUUCAUGGUUUCAUAGCAAUGGUUUGUUGCAAUUCAGAUUGUAUCACAUUUAAAGCAUAUUUUUUGCAUUUUCUCCAAAAAAUAUAGAGAAUUUAGAAAACAAUGAGAACUCUUUAAGGGAAAUAGCAAGAAAUGCAGUGAGUAUAUUAAAUCUAUAAAAGGACAAUAGAGAUAUUUUGAUGAAAAUUUAAUAAAUUCUAUUAGAAGAUGCACUCCUUCUAAUUGAUGUAAAUCUAAAAAAAUCAUAAUUAUUUUAAAUUUUGUAUUCCUAUUUGCUUUUAAAAAUCCAUCAAAAUUAAGAUUUAGUCCAAACAAUGAAUAUAAUAUUGAGAGAAUAGGCUAUUAACAUCCAACCCUCCAUUAUUAUAUUAAUGAUAUUACAAAUAUUGCUUUAGUCAUAGUAAUAUGAUCAAAUGGAAUUUUUGAUAUAAUUUUGUUAGAAAUCCAUCUCAACAAAAUCAGGUUUGUUUGCAUAAAUGCAUGAAAACUUUGAGAAUGAUUUAAACAUUAUGGCAUUAUAUAUUCCAAACAAGAAAAUAGAUUUAAAUUUCAUUGCUCCCUAUGAUGCACUAUACUAAAGAUCUCACAGUGUUAUAUUUUAUGAUGACAUAAAUAUUUAUACAAGACAUCUCAUACAUCAUUUCUUUUAUAUAUAAAAUUAUUAUGAAGUCGUUGAAUAUUUCGAAGAUAAUUUAAAUUAAAUUGAAAAUAAUAGAGAAUUAACGCACUUGAAGUAAUUAUAUGAGAACUUUUUAAUAUACAUUAAAGUUUCUUUGGGUAUUAUAAAACAAGAAAAAGCACAAGACUUCAUAUUAAGUAUUCACUCAUAAAUUUAGGAUGAUAAUAAUACACUAAUAGCAGCCAUUAAUAAGCACAUUCUGAUUCGAAUUUAUUUAAAUUAAAAAGAAUAUCAUGUUGCUUUGCAAUAUUCCUACUAAGUACUUCAAUUUUUUUAUGCUUAUGAAAAUAGUAAGUAAAUAACUUUAGGGGGAGACUUUUAGAUUAAGCAUAGCAAAAGACUGUCUAAAUUUCAAGAGAUUUUAUCGAAUUUUCUCCCAAAAGAUUAAGUACGCAAAACUUAGAUUUAUUAAUAAUCAAAUGAUGUAUAUUAUUGUCAUUUAAUUGAUGAUGAAUUUAUCUCUGAAAUCCUUUUGAAUCAUAUUGAAAUUCUGACUAAUAUUAACUAAUUUAAGUUCUCUUUUUUCUAAGUACUAAAUUUAUUGGAUAAAAUAAAGAACUAUUAUUAAAUAGCAUAUCUGUAUAAACUGCUAUCUCUAAUAUUCUUAGAGAACAUGAGUUUAGAAAAAUAAUCAAUAGUUCAAUACGAUCAACAAAUUAUGAAUGAAGCAAAAGAAACCAUAAGAGAAAGGAAACUUUUAAUAAAUUGCUACCAGUCUUUUAGACAUUAACAUACUUAAUAGGAAGUUAUAGCUUAUAAUUAGUAAUUAGCAAAGUUAACAUUCAAACAAAUAGUUUACUAAAAGUUUGCUAAAAAACCAGCGAAAGAGGAAGUGUUAUUCUUAAUUCAAUUAUCUGCAGAAAAAAGUUUAGAGUUUUUUUAAAUCCUUUCCUAGUAACAAAAAAUAAUAAAUCAUAUAUUUUAUAUCAACAUCUAUUUGAUCUUAGCUGAAUGCCAUUUAAAUUAACUUAAUUUCACUUAAGCCUUAGCCAAUGUGGAUUUGGCAGAAGAACAUACUAUUGAAAUUUAUGGAAAAGCCUGUCAUCCUCAGAUAGGGUACUUACUUUUAUCAAGAGUGUAAUUUCGAAAAAAGUAGUAGGAAUUGUAAAUUUAGAUUGUUAAAGAACUCAGAAUGAAAAGUUUUUUUGAUGUUAGUUAGAUUAAGACGAUAAGCCUGUUGUUAAUAUAGGAAAAUAAAACAUUAACUUAUUGGUUAGAUAUUUAUAAAAGGAGUAGAGAUAUUUAAACUUUUUUUAAAAAUGUAAAAGAUGUAAUAAAACUAAAUUAAAACUUUUGUGAUAGUUUUCUAUUUUCUGAUGAAAGUUCUUCCGUUGAAGAUAUCUUCAGAGAAAUAACUAGAUUAUUUCCAUCUCUUAAUUAUAUUUCUGCACAAAGCUAUUUGAGUGUAAGAUAUUAUUACUAAUUUAGGCCUCUCACCAUUUUAUAUAUCUAGAUGAAAACAAUCAAUAUCGGUAACAAAUCAAUCAAUUACUUAAUAAUCAUAUUUGA